GUUGUUAUCGAUAACGGGUCUGGUGUCAUAAAGGCUGGUUUUGCAGGGGACCAGAUUCCAAAGUACUGCUUUCCAAAUUAUGUUGUUGGAGAGAGGUGUGGCUCUGAGUUUGUUCACCUCAGUUUCCCCACACAUUAUUCUCACCAUGUCGACUGCAACGGGCAGAAUGAAAGUCUCUCAGUUACGUAUCAAAGCGAGGGUGGAAUGAGGGGUCUUUCAGUGACGUGCAUUUGAGACUAACGAGUGGGAGGACCAUAUUUGUGUUGGACGGCCAAAGCAUGUGCGUGUCAUGGCAGGUGCCCUGGAAGGGGAUCUUUUUAUUGGUCCGAAGGCCGAGGAGCACAGGGGCUUGCUAACAAUCCGUUACCCAAUGGAGCAUGGCAUAGUGAAGGACUGGAAUGAUAUGGAGCGCAUCUGGCAGUAUGUUUAUUCUAAGGACCAGCUUCAGACUUUCUCUGAAGAGCACCCAGUGCUGCUGACAGAAGCCCCCCUAAAUCCACGGAAGAAUCGUGAACGGGCUGCAGAGGUCUUCUUUGAAACCUUCAAUGUUCCCGCGCUCUUCAUCUCAAUGCAGGCAGUGCUCAGUCUGUACGCCACUGGCCGGACGACAGGGGUGGUCCUGGACUCGGGGGACGGUGUGACCCACGCAGUGCCCAUUUAUGAGGGCUUUGCCAUGCCCCACUCCAUCAUGAGGAUCGAUAUCGCCGGGCGCGAUGUCUCCCGCUACCUGCGUCUCUACCUGCGCAAGGAGGGCUACGACUUCCACACCUCCUCUGAGUUUGAGAUUGUAAAAACCAUCAAAGAGCGUGCCUGUUUCCUCUCCAUCAACCCCCAGAAGGAUGAAGCGUUGGACACAGAGAAAGUGCAGUAUACACUGCCAGACGGCAGCACCAUUGAGAUCGGCCCGGCCCGGUUCCGUGCCCCUGAGCUGCUGUUCAGACCAGACCUGGUGGGAGAGGAGUGUGAGGGCAUCCAUGAGGUGCUGGUCUUUGCCAUCCAGAAAUCUGACCUGGACCUGCGGAGAACACUCUUCUCAAACAUUGUACUGUCAGGGGGCUCCACGCUGUUCAGGGGAUUUGGAGAUCGACUGUUGAGUGAAGUGAAGAAGCUGGCUCCAAAAGAUGUAAAAAUUAAAAUCUCUGCUCCUCAGGAGAGGUUAUAUUCUACCUGGAUUGGCGGCUCCAUUCUGGCCUCCCUGGACACCUUUAAGAAAAUGUGGGUCUCUAAGAAGGAGUACGAAGAAGAUGGUGCCAGAGCCAUCCACAGGAAAACCUUCUAAUGACCACUGGAGGGCGCCGUGGCCUGCUCUGAGCUGAUCCACUGCAGUGAGGAGCGCGCUGGUGUGUGUGAGAGGGGCAGGGGAGCUGCAGAGAGGGGAGGGUGAAAAUCAAACCAACAAACACACACAGGGUCCAUUUUGGUGUAAAACACAAAACCAGUGGCCAGCUCCUCUCCCCCAUUCUCAUUCCCUGUCCUGACUGAAGGACUUGCUUCUGGCUCUGCGUCAGCCUUUCCAGCCCCUUCAAGGUCUUGUUACUGUUGCUGUUUUUAUUGUGUCUUUGGUGCUGAGCUCAGCAGCGGGAGACAGGAAUGAGUUAGAAGUGUGUGUCUUUGAAGAUGCUCUGCUACCAAAUUACUGACUUAAUUUAACCAUUUGUCUUACACCAAUGUACCUGUGUGUGUGUGUAUGUAUAUAUAGACAGCAUACACCCAAUGUAGCUGUGUGUGUGUGUGUAUAUACAUAUAUAUAUAUAUAUAUAUGUGAGUGCAUGUACGUCUCAUAUAAAACACUUGGGUAUUUAGAAUAUGUUUUGGUAAAGUCUAGCCAUUUUGUUCAGUGAUUCUGGACAGAUCCCAAUGAUACGCUAUCCUGUAUCCACUUGCUUAAUAAAUGUUAAACUGUAGUAUCAGGCUGCAGUGCAUUUACUGCUCAUCAAUUAUCAUUGGGAGUAUUGACCUCUUUGUGUCUGAUCUGUAUCAUGAAUAUUAUUCCUGGAAUACAGUAUUCACUGUUUUCUACUAUACUUUAAGUAUUGAAUAUAAAGAUUGUCAUUGCAUAGCAGUGUGAGUCUUUACCAGCUUUACUCUAAUCAUAGACACACGUGAAUUCUCUCAAGGUAUUAAAACCAAGACUGCCAUGCCUUCAUUCACGUGUUUGUCUCAUGCAUUGCCAUGCCUUCGUUCACGUGUUUGUCUCAUGCAUUGCCAUGCCUUCGUUCACGUGUUUGUCUCAUGCAUUGCCAUGCCUUCGUUCACGUGUUUGUCUCAUGCAUUGCCAUGCCUUCGUUCACAUGUUUGUCUCAUGCAUUGCCAUGCCUUCAUUCAUGUGUUUGUCUCAUGCAUUGCCAUGCCUUCGUUCACGUGUUUGUCUCGUGCAUUGCAAUGCCUUCAUUCACGUGUUUGUCUCGUGCAUUGCCAUGCCUUCGUUCACGUGUUUGUCUCGUGCAUUGUAAUGCCUUCGUUCACGUGUUUGUCUCAUGCAUUGUAAUGCCUUCAUUCACGUGUUUGUCUCAUGCAUUGUAAUGCCUUCAUUCACGUGUUUGUCUCAUGCAUUGCAAUGCCUUCAUUCACGUGUUUGUCUCAUAUAUUGUGUAGAUCCAUGUAUAAGCAGUGGUUUUGUUUCUUGUAAGGGUUUUGUUGAUUUAUCCCCUGUCCAAAUCCCUCCCCAUGUACUGGAGGCUGGAAACUCAAUACACCCAAGCGCCAAAGCUAGGCAAGGCUAAUAUAUCUAGUGCACUGUUUGACAAGGACACUGAGAGCCGUGGGGGUUUCAGAAUGUGCACUGCAUGUUGACUUAUUUAUAUGCUUUUACUUUUUUUGUAAGCCUCUCUUCUUUAAGUGUAGAGAUUAAGAGAUACUGUACAUUGUUGACCAGCUUUUGAAGUUCUAGGUAAAUACAUUGGGAAAUUGUAUGAUAAGACAACGCAAGCACUGUCCAUAACAAGUAAUGGGUUGAACUUCACUUCAUAUCUGCACUCACAUUAGCAUGGUUUACUGUACGACAGUAGACAGGGUUUCUGAAGGGAAAUGUCUGUGUUUUAUAAUACUGUCCGGUCUGUAGUGUGUGACCAAUAAUGGGUCCUGUCUUCUUUAAUCUCCUUAUCUCUUUCAGUUGUAAGCACAAUUUGAGUAUUAUUUGUGUUAUUCCAUUGCUGCUUUGUCUUGAUUUGCUGACACUAAUUCGUUUUUUACUUGGCAAUGGACCAAUAUUGUUUGUUUUUUUCAAAAUCCUCUGAAAUAAAUAAAAGACAAGCUAGGAAUGUUUUCUGUGACAAGCCUUGGUAUGGGAGUGUCAGAUUUAGUUGCAUUUUUUAUGAGAUUUUGAAAGUGUACUUUGGAAGUGUAAGAGGAAAAUGAUGGGAGUUAGGGGUGCUGCUUUCAGGCACUAAUUAUUAAUGAAAUCGAUUCUGUAUAAGCAUACAAUGUGUAAAGAACAGCAGCUUGCUGUACAGUCCUACUGUAAGCACGGGACUCACAGCCAGGGCUCUGACUGACAGAACAGAAUGUAAUCUUCUUACUUUAAAAAUAAAUAAAAAUGUG